ACAAAAAGAAUAAUGGUCAUCGGAAACAAAAACAUGGGUUGUUUUAAUCAUGUAAUCGUCAUCUUCAUCUGCUUGUUUUGGCUUGCUAAUUUACUGAUCACCAUACAAUUCACAACUGCACAGCCAGACUAUGUUUAUCAUUUUUGUUUGGGAGAUAAUUACACCACCAACAGUACAUUUCAGAAAAAUCUCAACCUUCUUCUUUCUUCACUUUCCUCAGCCGACCUUUCAAUUAUCGAUAAUGGAUACUACAACACCACGGUUGGGCGAAACCCGGAUACCAUUUAUGGAUCUUUACAGUGCAGAGGCGAUGUUUCACUUGAAGAUUGUCAAAGUUGUGUAAAAACGGGAACUGAAGAUAUCAACACAAAUGGAAGAUGCCCAAAUUCUAAACAAGCAAUUAUUUAUUAUGACGUGUGUAUGCUAAGGUAUUCAAACUGGUACUAUUUUAAUAUUAUGCAAGACAGACCAGGAGUUUACUUGUGGAAUAUGAAUAACAUUUCUAGUCCCAACCAGUUUAGACCAGUUUUAGCUAAAUUACUGAUUGAUAUAGCAGGAGAAGUUGAGACUAAAACUGAUCCUACUAAUUUUGCUACUGGAGUUAGAAGUUUUGAUAACUCUAUAAAAGUAUAUGGAUUAGUUCAGUGUAUUGCAGAUAUACCUUCGAGUAGUUGUUUUCAAUGUCUUUUUGGAGCUAUAACUGAAAUACCAGAUUGUUGCGAUGGGAAACGAGGAGGAAGAGUUAUUAGGCCUAGCUGUAAUUGGAGAUACGAGAUAUAUCCUUUCUUUGAAUCUCCAAGUAUUCCUCCACUACCUCCUCUUCUUGUAUCACCACCACCACCGUUAACGAAUACAACUGCACCAAAUGCAAAGGGAAACAACUCAUCCAAGCUUGCUAUCAGUAUAGUCGUUCCUUCGGCUAUCACAAUACUUUUCGCCAUUGGCUUUUGGUGGUUCUGUUUCCGUAGAAAGAAAUCAAAGACAAAGAAGUCCUAUUAUGUGGAUGAUGAGAUUCCAAGUUCAGAAUCCUUGCAAUUCAACUUCGGUGUAGUAAGUGCUGCAACAGAUAAUUUCUCUGAAGCUAAUAAACUUGGAGAGGGUGGAUUUGGAUCUGUUUAUAAGGGUACACUUUCAGACAGCUGGCAAGAAAUAGCGGUGAAGAGGCUAUCAAAAAAUUCCGGUCAAGGUGAACAGGAGUUCAAGAAUGAAGUUACAUUAGUAGCAAAACUCCAGCACAGAAAUCUUGUUAAGCUUGUUGGUUUCAGCCUGGCUGGUGAAGAAAAACUACUCAUCUAUGAAUACAUGCCAAAUGGAAGUCUUGACCAAAUCCUAUUCGACCCAAUUAAAUGUACACAACUGGACUGGGAAAGACGAUACAAGAUAAUAGGAGGGAUCGCAAGAGGACUUGUUUAUCUCCAUGAGGAGUCACGACUCAAAGUCGUCCAUCGGGAUCUCAAAGCUAGCAAUAUAUUACUAGAUAGUGAAAUGAAUCCCAAAAUUGCAGAUUUUGGCAUGGCUAGGCUUUUUGGCCUUGACCAAAUUCAAGAUAAUACAAACAGAAUAGUUGGAACAUAUGGCUACAUGGCUCCAGAGUAUAUAAUGCAUGGUGAAUUCUCUGUGAAAUCAGACGUUUUUAGUUUUGGUGUCUUGGUUUUAGAGAUACUUUGUGGACAGAAGAACAGCAGUUUUCAUAAAUCGGAUAUUGCUCGGGACCUUUUAAGCUAUGCAUGGAGACAUUGGAAUAAUAGAUCUGCUGUAGAAAUAUUAGAUCCAAUUUUGAAAGACACGUGUUCUGGAAAUGAAGCGGUGAAAUGCAUCCAUGUUGCAUUAUUAUGUGUUCAAGAAAAUGCUGCAGAUAGACCCGCAAUGCCCACAGUUGUCCAAAUGCUUAACAGCUACUCUGGGACGAAUCCCGAUUUACCUUUAGCUCCUGCAUUUUUUGCUGGUAGUACUAGACAUAUGGAGCCCAACCGGAGCUUAUUUCUUGGCUACAGUGGAGAACAAGGAAGCUCGAAGAACGAGUCAACCACUGAUGCAGCGACGUGGAGUGUGAGUGAAGUUACGGUUACUGAAAUAAACCCUCGAUGAUGAUACAAUCUUGUUUAUUCGUCUUGUUUUUUUCUUUGUAAUUUCUAAGUUGAUCGGCGUUCUAUCCUUUGUUUUUUGUGGCAAGAAUUGGACAUUCAAGUUACAGAUAUAAAAAAAUAAAUACAGUAAUACUUUGGAAAA